AAUCCCUUGAAAACCCCAAAACCCUCCCUCUCUCACACACACAGAAACACACACAUAAUAUAGCAAAGAUGAUGAAGGCUUCGCUGAAUGGAAAAUACGACACCGAGAAGAGCGGCGCUGCCGGCACUUUUGCCGUCAAUGCCGGCGAUGUCAAGCUGCGAGCCUCAAUGUCCGACGCCACUUUCCUCGAUGGCUCUUCCUUGAACAGCCUCUCUCUCUCCGUAGAGAAGCCCGGUUCGUUCGUCAUCGACUACAACGUCCCCAAAAAGGAUGUUCGGUUUCAAUUCAUGAACACGGUUAGUGUUAUGGAUAAACCGUUGAAUUUGACUUACACUCACGGGAAGGGUGAGAACCGGGUUGUGAUGGACGGGACUCUUGUGGUCGAUCCGGCUAACAAGCUCUCCGGUAGUUACGAGUUCAAUUCUGGGAAUUGCAAGGUGAAGUACAGUUAUAUGCAUAGAGGAGGGACGACAUUCGAGCCGUGCUAUGAUUUUGCAAAGAAUUCAUGGGACUUUGCAGUGUCUCAGAAGGUUUAUGAUGAUGAUAUGUUAAGGGCUUCAUAUCAGACGUCGAGCAGGGUUUUGGGAUUGGAAUGGUCGAGGAAUUCCAAGUUUAAUGGAACCUUCAAGAUGUCCGCGUCUGUCAAUUUGAAUGAGGAACCAAAGAUGCCGAAAUUAAGUGCUGAGAGUACAUGGAAUUUUGAGAUGUAAUUUUUCACUCGUUUCACUUUUGAGACUGUUCUGCAGAACAGAGAAGUAGGUACCUGCCUCCCUCAAUGGUUUUGUACCUCAUGAAUACAGGCUCUUCUGUUCGGCUUAUGAGUUUGGGACUCCAAACCAUUUUUCCAUACUUAACUGAUUUAAAGAAAACAAGUAUAAAUCUAGAAAUGUCUUUCUAAUUACAUUUUUGGCUGAACAGAGUUUUCAUUUCCAUGUUCUAUGUAGAGUGAUUGUUAUGUUUUUUUGGGGUUAAGUAAAUUAAUUAUUAUGUUUUCUUUCGAA